AUGUAUGUGAUUACCGUGGUAGGGAACCUGCUCUUCAUACUGGCCACAGUCUCAGACACCCAUCUGCACACCCCCAUGUACUUCUUCCUCUCCAACCUGUCCUUCAUGGACAUAGGUUUCACCUCCACCACUAUACCAAAGAUGCUGGUGAAUAUCCAGGCACAGAGCAAAGUCAUAACAUAUAAAAGCUGCAUCACCCAAAUAUAUUUAUUUUUAAUCUUUAUAAUACUGGACAUAUUACUGUUGACUGUGAUGUCCUAUGACCACUUUGUAACCAUCUGCCACCCUCUGCAUUACAUGAUCAUCAUGAAUCCCUGGCUCUGUGUGUUACUGGUUCUAGCAUGCUGGAUCAUGGUGGUCUCCUUAUUUUAUGGCACUGGGAUAGGUGUGUACCUUAGUUCUGCUGUCACCCAAAACUCACACUCAUCUGCAACAGUCUCAGUGAUGUACACUGUGGUAACACCCAUGCUAAACCCUUUCAUCUACAGUCUAAGGAAUAAAGACAUCAAGACUGCUCUUAAAAUAAUUUUUAAGAGGGCAACUAUGGAAAGGUUGUUUUGCCUGGAACUGAACAAAAUGCCAAUGCUUACCAGGCUCAAAGCCUGA